AUGGUCUCUAAACCCUUCAUCUGGCUUAUCUCUGGCCUUUCUUUGUCUUCUCUCUAUCAAAUCAGUCUAUCAUUCGAACUGCAGCCAAUUGGGUCGUCUUUGGUUGAGACUGAUCGACAUUCGACCAGAGACAAUGAUUUCUCCGCGCUCGAUCUCCUCAGCAGCGAAACCUUUCUCUGGGGUGGAUCUCAAAAUGGCCGAUCCGCGCUGGGUAAUCUGACAGUCCAUAUGCCUGGAGAUGCAGAGAACAUUAUCUCCAUGGAGAAGUUUCAGCCUUUGUUGCAGUCCACUCAGUGUACUGAUAAGACUAUGACCAUGGACUUCAAAGACGAGCGAUCUUAUCAAUAUGGUCAACGCCUCUGGCAGUGGGUCAAUGACGCCGAUGAUCGAAAAUUCGUUUUGGUCGCUGGAAAUGGUCAUUGCGGUUGGAAUGAGCAUCGCUUGCCCUUCGUCGUUUCGAACGUGCUGUUCAGCGAUGCAAAGAAUACGAUCAGUGUCAUUGGAUAUGUAUCAGAUUGGAAGACCGUUGCACAUACGUAUGAGUUGUUUGUUGGUGGCCAUCCUUCGUCCGAGAAGCGUGAUAUUGAUCACACCUUCUCCCUUGAUUUCAAUCACGCUUUACCUCUGAGCAGCAAGUCACUCUCCAUGGGAGAUUUCAAGUUCACAUAUGAUUGUGAAGACUGCGGCACCAAGGGCGAGUUUGACUUUCAGUUUGAGCUUAAGACAGAGCUUUUUGUUCCCACAGGAGUGUCCAUGACCUUGAGCCCCCACGGAGUCUCAGCAAAUUUCAAUCCUCGUCUCGGACUUAGUGCCAACUUCACCGGCACCAAGUCUGAUGAAAUAGAGUUGGGAAAAAUUCCCAUUGAUGGAUUGACCAUACCUGGGGGAAUUCUGGAUUUGGGGCCCGAGAUCGUUUUCAGCUGGGGCUAUGCCCUCGGCCCCAUUGUGGGCACUGCAGGCGUUUCGACAGGCGUGUCGAUCGGCCUCGAGGAUUCAGCCGAGCUCAGGAUUGAUUUAACCUCGCCUGACGUGUCCGCAAGAGGGUGGACUCCCAAAGUUACCAAGAAGCCGAUCACCGUCGAUGCUUCCAUCAGUGGUGGAAUCAAGGUCAAUGCCAAAGCCGCCAUUCAACUAGCAUUGGAAGCUCUGGAUACUGGGUUUGAAAUCGGGCUAGACCUGGAGCCCUGGGCUGGUGCAACUCUGACUGUGGCAUCGUCCUCCGGUUCAGUCUGCCCCGAUGACACCGAGAAGCAUCAUUUUGGCGUCAAGGUCGCACCUUCUGCCGGGGUUAAUCUAAAUGUCGAAGCCUCCGAGGCUGGCGAUGAGAACGAGCCGUUCCUGAGCAAAGCCAUUGCCUCUCUCACGAUGCCUCUUCCCUCCAUGUGCACUGGCUUUGAGGCCCCUCCAAACGCAGCGGGAUCCCCGAGAAAGACCACGACGAAGGCCACGUCUACCCCUCUGCCCCGAUUUUCCACCAUCAUUUCGUCUAUCGUCAGUUCGACAACCGCCGCUCUCACAACUUCUACCACCCCCAUCACUACGUCUUUCCUUUCUUCGUCCAGCUCAAUUUCAUCGAUCUCGGCUUCAUCUCCAUACCCAUAUGUCCGCCGAAAGCGCCAUAUUGUUGCGCGACCAAACGGACAAGCCCAUGCUUAA